CUUAGUGUUUGUCUUUCGCAGACAGACCUGGACACAGAGAAAGAAGGACACGUGGACAGUUACAGAGACGUGAGAAACUCUGAGUAAAGGUUUUGCAGAAAUGUGAAUGAUUGGAGAAAAACUCUAGUAGAAACUGUACUGUGGGACUUCUGUCGGGGUUCCACCAUUGAGGGCUGUUCACUGUAGUUGUGGGGAGGUUGCCACGGUGACGGGAGAGCUGGAGGGGAGCAGGGUGUUAUCUGAAGCAGAUAUGACUCUGCUGGAUGGCACCGGAGCCAGAAUCUCUGGCUGCUGGUCCCUCAGGUCCGACCGCAGUGGGAGUGGGGAGGACUCGCUAGACCGGCUCCUGCCACCCGCUGGGGCCCCUCGCAGGAAGAGCACUACCUCAAUGAGUAAAACGGAGCCUCCUCUGCUCCGCACAGGCACCCGUACCAUCUACACCGCCGGCCGACCUCCGUGGUAUGACGAGCACGGCGCUCAGUCAAAAGAGGCCUUUGUCAUCGGGUUGUGUGGGGGCAGUGCCUCAGGGAAGACCACCGUGGCCAAUAAGAUCAUUGAGGCUCUGGAUGUGCCGUGGGUUGUGCUGUUGUCUAUGGAUUCUUUCUACAAGGUUUUAUCUCCUGAAGAACAGGCCCUGGCAGCAAACAAUGACUACAACUUCGACCAUCCAGGGGCGUUUGAUUUUGAGCUUCUGGUCGCCACUCUGCGAAAACUCAAACAGGGCAAGAGUGUGAAAAUUCCAGUGUACGAUUUCACCACACACAGGAGACAGAAAGACUGGAAAAAUGUCUAUGGUGCCAGUGUAAUCAUAUUUGAAGGAAUUAUGUCUUUUGCGGACAAAGAGCUUCUCCAGCUCCUGGAUAUGAAAAUCUUUGUGGACACAGACUCUGACAUCCGGUUGGUCCGUCGACUGCGCAGGGACAUCACAGAGCGUGGACGGGACAUCGAAGGCGUCAUUAAGCAAUACAACAAGUUUGUGAAGCCGGCGUUUGAGCAGUAUAUCGAACCAACUAUGAGGCUGGCUGAUAUCGUUGUGCCAAGAGGCGGUGGGAACAUGGUGGCCAUUGACCUGAUAGUCCAGCAUGUUCACAGUCAGCUGGAGGAGCGUGAGCUCAGCGUCAGGGCGCUCCUGGCCUCGGCUCAGCAGAAUCAGCCUCUGCCUCAGACCCUCAGUGUGUUAGAGAGUACACCACAGGUCAGAGGCCUGCACACCAUCAUCAGGAACAAAGAGACAAGUCGAGAUGAGUUCAUCUUCUAUUCAAAGAGGUUAAUGCGACUGCUCAUAGAACAUGCUCUGACGUUCCUGCCGUCUAAGACAUGUGUAGUUCAGACUCCGCAGGGCCAGGAGUACGAGGGCCGCAGUUACAAUGGCAAAGGGAUCACCGGUGUGUCGAUCCUCAGAGCGGGUGAGACCAUGGAGCCUGCGCUGAGGGCGGUGUGCAAGGACGUCCGCAUCGGCAAGAUCCUCAUCCAGACCAACCUUGACUCGGGCGAACCAGAGCUGCAUUACCUGCGUCUGCCCAAAGACAUCAGUGAAGAUCAUGUCAUCCUAAUGGACAGCACAGUCUCUACAGGCGCUGCUGCCAUGAUGGCAGUUCGAGUCCUAUUGGACCAUGAGGUGCAGGAGGAUAAGAUCGUGCUGGUGUCGCUGUUAAUGGCGGAGCUCGGGGUGCAUUCUGUGGCCUACGCUUUCCCAAAGGUCAAAAUCAUCACCUCUGCUGUCGACAAGAGCCUGGAUGACUUUUUACAUGUAAUUCCUGGUAUCGGGGACUUUGGAGACCGCUACUUUGGGACAGACGGGUCUGACGGCUGGAGCGAUGACGAGGACCAGGAUCAGCCGUCGUACUGACACACACAUCUGUGAGCCUCUGUGAAAGACAGAACCGACACUACUUGAAAACCUCGCUGUCAAACAUCCUCUUCUUCAGGCGCAGAUCAGCAAAAAAUAUUCACCUUGGUGUACUGGACAUGAAAUUUUGUACUGAUGUGACUGAUGAAUUGAGUGUUUUGUCCUCCUAUCAUGAAUCACAGAUGAAACAGUGCCAUUACCUUUGACAUAUAAUAAUGCAAUAUAUUAUUAUAUAGUGAAAUAUACUACAAGAUUAUGUUCUGAGAUAAACUUAUUCAUAAUUUUUGCUGCUUAACGGCAUUUUUUUUACAUGUAAUAUACACAAAUAUUAUGUAAACUUCACUGAAUUUUAUAUUUAAACACACAUUUUUUUCACAAGUCUAAGUCUUACAACUGAACGUACUAGUACAGGAGUAAAAUGCUAGAAGUUACAUCAGAAAUCUCAAAUUCAGGGUGUAAAAAAAAUCUUCUUUCAGAUUCAGUUUCAGUUCUCACUGCCUUUUUCUACUUCUGCUGGAAAUUGACUGUAGCUCCAUGUGUGUCCAGAUGGAUCGGCACGGUGUGAAUCAGACCAUCCCUGCGAGGUCACGGAUGGUCACACGCUCAUUUCUGAAUAUUUCCACGCUCCUCUGAUUCUCAGGGUUCAGACACAGGCCGCUCAACUCAGCUCAGCUCAGUUCAACUCCCCCUGUGUGAUGCUCCUAAAAGCCUGAAGGGGUCAGUAUAGCUCACAUUUAGCUUCUGUCUCAUUGAUUUAUAGUGUGUCCCUCUGAGAAACCAGUCUCUUUAUAGUCCAGAAGAAUCCAUACAGACUCACCUUAAAUACUUCACUUAUAAAAGUAAAUCCAUAUGAGAUUUAACAUGAAGAACAGCAGUUGUGCAAGGAUGUAAAUAAUCCUGUGGAACUCAGAAUUCAGUGUUUGAAUACUUAGUUAUUAAGAUGUGAAAUACUCAUUACAAUGUGAUUUCAGGGUUCUAAGAUGAGCAGUAAAAACCUGAAGCCUC